AUGCGGUCGUCGUCGGGCCGCGCGAAUGCGGGAGCAGCCGGGAUGGGCUUCACGUCGCCGCGCGACGCCGACGCCGCCGAGGCGCGUCGUCUCCAACGCGCGGCGCUGUUGCAAGCGCGCGGCGGGCCCAACUCCAUGGAGAAGCAAUUCCUGCGCUUUAUAUCGGCCGGAACCUUCCUGGAUUCUGCCACCCUGAGCUCCGUCGCGCCCAUCCUCCCGGGCUACGCGCGCCGCUUCGGCCUGACCCAGCACGCCGUCACGCUGCUCCUCGCGGCGCGCAACGUCACGUCCGUUCUCGCGUCGCUCCCCAUAGGCGUCCUCCUCCUCUUAAUCUCCGUCCCCACCAUCUUCGCCGCGACCUUCUCUCUCUCCACCCUCGCCUCUCUCUCCCUCGCGUUUCCCCUCGCCGGGGCAGGCUCGCUCGCGGCUGCCCUGGUGCUUCAGGGCGUCGCCACCCAAUCCGUGCGCAGCGUCGGGCUUUUUUUCGCUGCCCGGGUUUGCGGGUCAGGCGCGUCAUUGGACGAGGUGGUGGAUCAGCUCGCGCAGAAGGGCAGCGAGGGGUUGCACAAACUUUUGGGCUCGGGCAGGCUGUGGACUGCCCGGGGCAGGACGUCGUUAAGCUCGGCCGGAGCAGCAGGAGGAGGAGGUUCGGCAUCCGAAGGUCUCUUUGUGGUUCGGAGCGGCGACCAGGUGUUCAGAUCCGCAGCAGCAGACUACUCCCUCACAGGCACGCACUUCCCCACCGCCUUUGCCGACGGCAUGGACGGCACCCCCUCUGGAUCCUCCUCCGCAGCUUCCUCUGCAGCUUCCUCUGCAGAAGCCUCGCUACUGAUCGGGGUCAUAGGCUCGUUGCUGGGGUGGGCGUCGCUGGGGACGCUCAUCGGGCCGCUCUUUGGCUCGUUUGCCUACCAGUACCUGUCUCCCUGGAUCGCGUAUCUGGUUGCGGCUGUGGCUGCAGCUGUGCUGGCGUUCCUCUCGUUCCUGCUCUCGCCUGAAGCGCACUCCCUCGACCGCCUGGAGUUCCAGCUCCGCUGGCGCAAGAAGAAGCAAAAGAAGCAGCAGCAGCAGCAGCAGCAGCAGCAACAGGAGGAAGAGCUGGAAGAGCAGGAGGAACCGCAGCUGCAGCAACAGGGUAACACGGCAUCCUACGCACUCACAAGCACCUCCUUUAAUCCCCCUGGCGGCACUGAUACCAUGCAGUCUUCUUCACCCGGCCCUGUGUCAAUAGGCCUCGCCUCUGCCUCUGCAGCAGAACCCGGGCCUGACUCUAUUGUCAGUCCGGGUUUCCAGGCGGGCAGCGGGCAGGUGACGGUAAAUUUCGAGGCGCUAGGGGUAGAGCCUCCUCCAGAACCUUCCGACCUGCCCGACUCAUUCUUUUCGUCGUUUGCGUCUCGCCAGGAGGAUACUUCAGACGGCGCGGGGGAUCAUGCGAGGCCGUCGACGGGGCAGAACGUGCCGCAGUGGUACUACCAGGACUGGGCUGGCGAGCACGGACCUCGGACGCUCCUCCAACUCACGCAGGCGCUUCAGAAGGGUUAUUUCACCCCCGACCUCCUGGUUCGCAAGGAGGGCACACAGCGGUGGCACACGCUGCGAGACGUGCUCGACCUGCGACAGCUGCUGCGCGCGCGGAAACACGGGCAGGCGGCCCCUGAUGGCGCAGCAGCAUCAACAGGAACACCCUCACGCACAGCAGUGUCCUUGGAGGCCGCCACUGCCGCGUCAGCAGCUGCUCUGGCGGGGAUCUCCCCACGAAGAGACGGGUCCCCUGCUUCUGCCACGUCAGCCGCCGCGUCAGCAGCCGUGCCAGUUGUCAGCCUGAUUUCCGCAGACGACCCAAUCACGAAUCUGUUCAAGACGCCCGGGCAGGAGUGGUUCUACGUGGACAUGCACGGGGAGGUCCAGGGCCCCUUUAGCUCGCAGAAGAUGCAGCGCUGGUGGACUAACCCCCUCUAUAAGGAUCACUUCUCCUCACUAAAGUGCCGCAGAGGGCACCAUGGCGAGUUCCGCCUGCUGCCUGAGAUAGCAGAGGAGGUGGCUGCAAGAGGGCCUCCUCCGGAAUCACCCAAGCAACUUGGGUAUAGAGACCCUGUUAGCGCGAAGAAAGCCCCGAAGAGCGAGCGAUAUGUGCGGUCGGGGUCGAGGAAAGAGGAGAGCGAUCUGGCCAAGGAGGUGGAGGAGCUGAAGCAGCAGGUUGAGCGGCUGGAGAUGGACAACGAGGGGCUGAGGAACUCACAGGAGGACACCUUCAUUCUGCGCAUGCAAGUGGAGCGUCUUCUAAGGGAGAAAGCAGAGCUAGCACGCGAGGUCACUAUGUUAAAGAGGGAGAAGGAGUCUCUGCAGGAGCUGCUGCAGUACGCGCAGCAGUUUGACAUUGCAGAUGAGGGCGUGGCUGAUGAGCUGAUCGCGGGCGAGGAGGGCGAGGGCAUGGGCGGGAACGAGUGGGGGGCGGGCGAGGGGGACCGGGCCACAGAGGAGUGGUUUCAGAUGCUCGAGGCAGCUUCCCAUAAGAAUCCCAACGGCUUAGAGGAGAAUUAG